UGGUUUAGUUAUUACAUUUUUUUGCUUAAAAGCAACGGAAGAGGAAGAAGAACAGUCUCCACCCUCUUUCCUUCAUCUGCCUCUAGGUAGGCAUACAAGACCCAACGGCAUCAUGGCAGCAUUGAGGCCUCUGAAAAGGCCCAAGAUCGUCAAGAAGAGGGUGAAGAAGUUCAUCAGACAUCAGUCAGACCGCUAUGUCAAAGUCAAGCAAAACUGGCGUAAACCCCGUGGUAUCGACAACAGGGUGCGCCGGCGCUUCAAAGGCCAGAUGCUGAUGCCCAACAUCGGCUACGGCAGCAACAAGAAGACCAAACACAUGCUCCCCUCCGGCUUCAGGAAGUUCCUGGUCCACAACAUCAGAGAGCUGGAGGUCCUCAUGAUGAGCAACAAGACCCAUGCUGCAGAGAUAGCCCACAAUGUGUCGUCUAAGAACAGGAAGUUGAUCGUGGAGAGGGCAGCUCAGCUGGCCAUCAAGAUCACCAACCCCAACGCCAGGCUACGCAGCGAGGAACACGAGUGAUCUGGGACCACGCCUCUUUAUUGUUUGAUCAAUAAAUUAUAUAUAUACCUGUCA